AUGGCAGAGCCGGUGGCAUCAGCGUUGCCGCCAAAAGCACAAUCCUUGACCUCGAACGUCAACGUGAACAAGGAUUUGAGUACCGCCGCGACAUCGACUGCGCCCACACCGACUGCGAGCAGUGUUCACGAUGGCGACAAUGAUGUCGUGAUGUCUACUUCGCCAACCACUGCGACGGUGCCCGCGAACAGCGCUGAACAUGGUCCCGUUCCGCUCGACUCACCCUUACGAACGACACCCAUUCACCCUGCUGUGCCGGCCGUGAAGGUCCCCGCAGACGCAGCCUGGAACUUGAACCCCAUCACCCUUCAGCCUUUCACGGACGAGGAGCUGACCAAGUACGGAUACGAAAAGGUCCGUGCCGAAGUGAAUUCUGCACGUGGGGUGGACGCGAAGGGCAAAGCAGGCGUGAAGGCGAAACAGGAGGAGGUUGCAAGGCUGCGCGAGGAGACGGCGAACAUGUUGAGGCAGAAGCUGGAGGAACGAGAGACCAAGCUGCGUGAGAUCACGAGGGAGAUGGAAGAGAAGGAAAAGAUCCGAGAGGUGGAGAGGAAGGUGUUUCGAAAGAGACUGGAUUCGACUUUAAAGAAGGAUUGA